CGGAAAAGUCAUAGGUGGCGGGAAGACGUCAGCCAUUUGCGGCGGUGGAAGCUGACAUGCAACAGUAGCGUUCGUGUCAUCUUCCUCGCCAUUCUCACUCCUUCUCUCCUUCCCUCUCUCUCUCUUACGCUCGCGAAACGAGAUAAUUUCGUAUGCGUUUUCGUCUGGUCGUUGUUAUAUUUCAUACACACAUAUAUAUAUAAUCCCAUGACCGGAAAAGAAAUUCUGCACAAGAUGAAGGAAUCCGUCAAGGAGAAAGUUGGGCUUGGUGCGUCGUCUGCUUCUGCAGAUUCAGGGAAAGGGAAGAGCAAGAUGUCGAAGCAGAUCACACAUGGUUUUCACUUGGUGAAAGGGAAAGCCUUCCACGAGAUGGAGGAUUAUGUGGUUGCCAAAUUCAAGGAAGUUGAUGACAACGAGCUUGGCCUGUUCGCUAUCUUCGAUGGCCAUCUUAGCCACGAGAUCCCCGACUACUUGUGCUCCCAUCUCUUUGAGAACAUCUUGAAAGAGCCGAAUUUCUGGCAAGAACCGGAGACAGCGAUAAAGAAAGCUUACUAUAUAACCGAUACGACGAUUCUUGACAAGGCCUCUGAUUUGGGGAAAGGCGGCUCCACUGCUGUGACUGCGAUACUAAUCAACUGCCAGAAGUUGGUGGUUGCUAAUGUUGGAGACUCGAGAGCUGUUAUUUGCAAAGGUGGCGUUGCGAAGCAGCUCUCGAUUGAUCAUGAACCAAACAUGGAGAAGGAUGAAAUCGAGAACAGAGGCGGAUUCGUCUCAAACUUUCCUGGGGACGUUCCUCGAGUUGAUGGUCAACUGGCUGUGGCGAGGGCGUUUGGUGAUAAGAGUAUAAAGAUGCAUUUGAGUUCGGAACCAUAUGUUACGGUGGAGAUAAUUGACGAUGAUGCAGACUUUCUUAUCCUAGCUAGUGAUGGGCUUUGGAAGGUGAUGUCGAACCAAGAGGCCGUUGACUCUAUUAAGGGAAUCAAAGAUUCAAAGUCUGCAGCAAAGCACCUCUCAGAGGAGGCUGUUGCAAGAAAAAGCUCAGAUGAUAUCUCAGUGGUUGUCGUGAAAUUUCAG